AUGGUUUCGAAACCCAUCAUCCCGCAGAACGACAACGUCGCGCACGCCCUCGCUGGCGCCGGAGGGGGUAUAUUGUCUAUGGUCCUGACUCGUCUUGGGGAACAGCGACACCAAGCUAACGAUGGCCUCCCCCCCUUCAGAUACCCCCUCAUAACGCUCUCGACGCGCGCCCAAGUCGAGUCCAAGCGCGCCGAGACGGGCUUCCUGGCCGCCGUGCAGCGCAUCGUGGCGCGCGAGGGCGUGUCGGGCCUGUACGCCGGCCUCGACAGCGCCGUCUUUGGCAUCAGCGUCACCAACUUCGUCUACUACUACUGGUACGAAUGGACGCGCGCCUUCUUCGAGCAGGCCGCCACCCGGGCGGGGCGCGCCUCCAAGAAGCUGACGACGGUCGAGUCCAUGAUGGCGGGCGCCCUCGCCGGGUCCGCCACCGUCAUCCUGACGAACCCCAUCUGGGUCGUAAACACGCGCAUGACGACGCGCAAGGAGCACCAGGAGGAGAUCAAGGGGGCCGUCAGCGGCACAUCCAAACAGAAGUCACCGACGACUAUCGGCACGCUCAUGGCCCUGCUCAAGGAGGAGGGCCCGCAGGCGCUGUUCCGCGGCGUCAUCCCGGCCCUCGUGCUCGUCAUCAACCCCAUCCUGCAGUACACGCUGUUCGAGCAGCUCAAGAACCGCCUGGAGAGGCGGCGCGGGGGCCGCAACAUCACGCCCACAAUGGCUUUCUUGCUGGGCGCCCUGGGCAAGCUGUUCGCCACGUCCAUCACGUACCCCUACAUCACCGUCAAGAGCCAGAUGCACGUCGCUGACAACAAGGCCGGCCGCCGCGAGGGCAUGGCGCAAGCCAUCAGCCGCGUCGUCAAGGAGGAGGGGUACGCCGGGCUUUACAAGGGCAUUGGCCCCAAGGUCACCCAGAGCGUCAUGACCGCAGCCUUCCUCUUCGCGUUCAAGGACGUGCUGUACGAGCAGACCGUCAAGCUGCGCGGCACCAUGGCCCGGAAGGCCGCCCUCAAGGCAUAG